AUGACAUUAUGUCAACUCUUCUUGCAACCUGAUGCUGCGUAUUCUUGUAUAUCUGAAUUGGGAGAAUUAGGAAUUGUUCAAUUUCGUGAUCUGAAUCCAAAUGUAAAUUCUUUUCAACGUAAAUAUGUAAAUGAAGUUCGACGAUGUGAAGAAAUGGAACGAAAACUUCGAUUCCUUGAAACGGAAAUAAAGAAAGAUGAAUUACCAAUAUACGAUCCAGAAGAUAAUCCUGAUGCACCAAAACCUCGAGAAAUGAUAGAUCUUGAAGCAACAUUUGAAAAAUUAGAUCAUGAAUUAAAAGAAAUUAAUACAAAUGCUGAUGCACUUCUACGAAAUUUUAAUGAAUUAACUGAAUUAAAACAUAAUUUAACUAUGACACAAGGAUUUUUUGAUGAUGCAGAGAUGGCCUUCACACCAGCACACAAUCGUAACCAGAGGGAUUCGGACGAUGAUCAAGUUCAACUGCUUUAUGAAUAUUCGAUGAUCAGUCAUAAUAAACUAGGAUUUAUAACCGGUGUUGUUCCACGUGAACGUAUGGUAGCAUUUGAACGAAUGUUAUGGAGAGUUUGUCGAGGAAAUGUUUUUUUAAGACAAGCGGAAAUUCCUGAAUUAAUUGAAGAUCCUGUUUCAGGUGAAAAACUCCAUAAAACAGUAUUUGUAGUAUUUUUUCAAGGUGAACAAUUAAAAAAUCGUGUUCAAAAAAUUUGCGAAGGUUUUCGUGCAAAUAUUUAUCCAUGUCCAGAAAAUCCACAUGAACGUCGAGAAUUAGCUAUGGGUGUCAUGACACGUUUAGAAGAUCUAACAGUUGUUCUUAGUCAAACACAAGAUCAUCGACAACGUGUUUUAGCAGCAACAUCAAGAAAUCUUCGAACAUGGCAAAUUAAAGUUAAAAAAAUCAAAGCUAUUUAUCAUACAAUGAAUAUGUUUAAUAAUGAUGUGGCAAGAAAAUGUCUUAUUGCUGAAUGUUGGGCACCAGUUAGUGAACUUGAUCGAAUUCAAUUAGCACUUAGAAAAGGAUCUGAAGCGAGUGGUGGUGGAACAGUCUCAUCUGUAUUAAAUCGUAUGGUUACUCGUGAACAACCUCCAACUCAUCAUAAAUUAAAUAAAUUUACACAAGGUUUUCAAAAUUUAGUUGAUGCUUAUGGUGUUGCAACAUAUCGAGAAAUCAAUCCAAUGCCAUUUGUUUUAAUAACAUUUCCAUUCUUAUUUGCUGUUAUGUUUGGUGAUGCCGGGCAUGGUAUACUUGUAACAAUAUUUGCAUUAUGGAUGGUUCUUAAAGAACGUUCACUUAAAGAUAAAUGGAGAAAUCAAGAAGUUUGGACAAUAUUUUUUGGUGGAAGAUAUAUUAUUUUAUUAAUGGGUAUAUUCUCAAUCUAUACAGGAAUUAUUUAUAAUGAUGUAUUUUCGAAAUCAUUAAAUAUAUUUGGUUCAUCAUGGAGAGUUCGAUUUGGUGAUGAUACUUUGGCUAAACAUGAUUCAGUUAUGUUAGAACCAACACCAUAUAAUUAUACAAGAUCAGGUGAUUAUCGACAGAUGUUUAGUGGUACACCAUAUCCAAUUGGUCUCGAUCCUGUUUGGCAAUUAGCAGAUAAUAAAAUAACAUAUACAAAUUCAGUUAAAAUGAAAUUUGCUAUUAUUAUUGGUAUAACACAAAUGGGUUUUGGACUUUUUCUUAGUUUAUGGAAUCAUUUACAUUUUAAUCAUCGUCAUGCAAUUUAUCUUGAAUUUCUUCCACAAAUUAUCUUUUUGGCAUGUAUUUUCUUCUAUUUAAUCAUAUUAAUAUUUUAUAAAUGGACAAGUUUUGAUGGAAGUAAAGCAACUGAUGCACCAUCAUUGCUUAUUCAUUUGAUUAAUAUGAUAUUAUUCUCAUAUAAAACUGAUCCGCCAAGUGCAGCAGUAUUUUAUACUGGUCAAAAACAAUUUCAAACAUUUCUUAUUCUUCUCGCAGUUCUUUGUGUUCCAUGGAUGCUCUUAGGCAAACCAAUUUAUCGAAUUGUAAUGAAUAAACGACGAGCAAAUAGAGGUGUUGUACUUGAUGCUGAUGUUCGGGAUACGGACACAGAAGACAUGCUUGAUGAUGAACAUUCACAUCAACAACAUCAUCAACAUGAGGUUGAAAUGAGCGAAGUUUGGGUUGAACAAGGUAUUCAUACAAUCGAAUACUUUCUUGGUUGUAUAUCUCAUACAGCUUCAUAUCUACGUCUUUGGGCUUUAUCAUUAGCUCAUGCACAAUUAUCUGAAGUUUUAUGGCAUAUGAUAUUACAUUUGGGUUUAAGUAUGAAUGGUUACGGUGGUGCGAUAGCAUCAUUUUUCGUUUUUAUGCCAUGGUCAUCAUUAACAGUAUUUAUAUUACUUUUAAUGGAAGGACUUUCAGCUUUUCUUCAUGCAUUACGUCUUCAUUGGGUUGAAUUUCAAUCGAAAUUUUAUAAAGGCGAAGGUUAUCCAUUUGUUCCAUUUUCAUUCCGUCUUCUAUUAGAUGAAGCACCCGUGGAAGCUUAA